AUGGCGUGCUCGGCGGCGACCACUUCAACAUUCAAGCUGGACCCAGACCGCAAGUCCAAGCAAGCCAGGCUGCUCUUUGGCAGCACUUCGUUGUGGUGCCGUCCGGCCAGCUUGAUGCCAAUGACUGGCCGCCUGGACCUCGCGUCGUUCAUCGUCCAGCGGAGCAUGGGCGAGCAGUACGAGCGGCUGAAGGAGAUCUGGACGCUGUGGUGCACAGGCGAGGACGACUCGGCGAUAUGCCUCUCGUACCUGAGGACCCGCGCGCGCGCCGGGAGGCCCGCGGCAGGCACGGGCGGCCCAGCGGGGGCGGAGAGCGGCGGAGAGAAGCCCAGCGACGAGGAGGAUCGAGGCCAGGACUUCGAGGGCCUCAGGGUGGCCGCUCGAUGGGCCCGUCGCCAGCAGGGCAUGGAUGCGUCGAUGGCCAAGAAAAUGGUGCGUCUGGAUAUCUCCUGUCACGUGAACAGGCACAUCAAUGCUCAGAAGGCCGAUAUUCAGAGAUCCAUCGAUGACGAGGACGGUCACGACUACGAAUUGGAUUACUUUCCUGACCUUGCUGUGCACUCCCCUCCCCGCAGUUCCGAGGAGGACGAGGAGGCCCCAGAGAGCAAGGAGGGGAUUGAGGCUUCUGACCGGAAGGCUACGGAGAAGAUGGCCGAAGUGUCCACCAAAUUGGCAGCUUGGACGAAGACUUUAACCAGUCAGUACCCGCAGUUGCAGCUGAGCGGUGCUGCAGACACGUAUGUGCCGCCGCCGUGGGCGGCCGAGUCUGCCACCGCAGUGCCGUCCUUCGCCGAGAUGGCCACGGUGUCCGAGGACGAUUGCUACCUCAGCCUGGGUCUCGUUUUCUUGGAGGGGCUGGACGACCUGCCCCACGACAUCCUGAUGUCGGGGACAGCCCCUUGCUGGGCAUCGCCUUCGGCGCGUUCCGAGGUGAACAAGUCAGAGGUCGCCGACAGCAUCGGCCAGCAGGUGCUCACGAACGGUAGGCCAGCAGAAGAUCUGCAGUUGCUCGACCCCGACCAGGUUUGUAAACCCAUCCAAGAGAUGCUAGGCCGCGACUUCAUGCUUUCCGACCAGCUUCAGGAGCAAUUUCGAAGCGUUGCCGUGCAAACGUUCUGCGCAGAGGCUAUCCCCGACAGCAGCAGCACCGCAGAGGACCCCAGCGUAGCACCUGUGAUGUUAUUCCAGAUAGGUGAUUUGGCCAUGCAGCUUGCCAGUGCACGCAGGCUCCAGAAACUGAGUUUAGCAAGUGAGCUGGAGUCGCAGAUAGGCGUAAUAGUGUCUCAGGUGGAAGCAGUAUCAGGAUUGUAG